AUGACUGCGUCUCUGUCCGACGCUCUACAAGGCCAGAGCACGAACCCGCCCGACAGAAAUCAACGUGACUCCCCAAGUACCCAAGCAGAAACACUUAGACCCCUUCCACCCCUCCGACCGCAACCGCUCGAUCAUGAAACGGUCGCACUUCAAUCUUCACAGCUGCUGAGGGUUCGGGCUGCCGAGUUCUACCGGGCGAACGGCCUUGCCGACCGCCAGCAGCAAGCUGGAUUCAACCGUUUGUUCAAGUCGGGUUCCAUGUCCCAUCUCAGCAGCAAUGGAAGCAACAUCACCAACAAUAACAGCGCGAAGCUUCCGAACGCCAAUUGCGCAAUGAGCGGGAAUCCGUCGGGCUCAUUUGGACCCCCGGACUUUAGGGCCUCUUACGGCAUGGGUCAUCACCAACGACGACCUGUUGCAACAUCGUCCUCUCACAAUACUUCGUCGCACUAUCACUCACAGUUGGCGAACCCACCUGAGAGGCCUCAAAGGACUCAUUCGGAGCGACAACCGGGUUCCAAAACAAUGACGCCUUUCCUCGAUCGCAAUAAGAGAUCAUCUCAGCAACCACAACCCCAACAGCAGCAGCCGCAGCAGCAGCAGCAGCAAGCGCAACAGCAACUGCACGCUCCUGAAAACGGUCUCAGUCAAAACGCAACGAAUCCACUGCAAGCCUCCCGGAACCUCCAUCGCUUCGUGUCUCGGAGUAACUCCAGUUUGGAUCUCGAGCAACAUUUGGCGUUGGGAGGCAUGUCGGUGAGCUCUCGGCGGAGUCGAAUCUCGCCUGGAUCCUCUGAGAAGAAUGGCAACAUUUCGCUCGAGGAUUAUUCAACCGGAGGAGCUGCGGCAUCAAGUUCCGGUCCCGCAACCCGUCGAAGAGAUUAUGGCAGUGCUUCGUCCCUCGAUGUACUCGGCACCACCGGUGAUAGUUUCUUUGCAAUGAUACGUGAGUACCGGAACGGAACAAGCGCUGCCGCUGCCGAAGCGAAAAGAUCUUCCGCGAUACCCGCAAUACCAAUCGACCAAAGGAGUGCGGGUCCCGCCAAGAUCCAGGAGUACUUGAGGGGUAAACUCACGGGAUCAGCUGCGAUGGCCGCCGCAGCCAACCUGCACUCAGCCCCAGGAGUUACGGUCGUGAAUCUUGAACAUCAUAACGCACACAGUCAACAACAACAACAACAAAUCCAACAACAAGCGCCGCAGCAAUCUCAUGUUUCGACGACGGAUAGCCCGAAACUUAAAAGUAAAUUCCAACGACUCAUGCUAACAGGGGACAGGCACAAGAGUAAGGAGAAAGCACGUGUGUUGGCCGUCAUGGCUCCCACGGAGGAGGGUCUGGAGGCUUCCUGGAAGAUUUUCGUACGACGAAUGAUUCUUCUCGGCCAGCAAUCGCUCGGGGAUCUCAUCUUGCGCGUGAUGACUCUGAGCAACGGCGGCAACGCUAACGGCGGCUUCGACGAUGACGACGACGUUAGCGAUAGCGACGAAGACGAGACCCCGGCUACGAGCAACAAAAAGAAGGUGGUCAAAGCGGCCAAAAGUGAAGAUUGGUCUCACAAAGAUGAAGAUGGUCCGAGCUGCAGUACCGCAGUGCUCCAUCAGCCGGGCGGCACGCGUCAGCUUGAGGAUAAACUGCGAAAAAAGCUCUUCGCCCAUUACGAUUGCCAAAGUCUUUGUUCCGAUCUGACCGUGGCGUAUCAUCUUCGGAAUGUUCUCGCCAAAAGAAGGAAUACAACAACUGGAGCCAGCGCUGCCAGUCAGAGUGGGGAUAAUCCUGAGGGAGACGCCGACCAGGGCGACGGUAAAUCGAACGAUCUCGUGCAAAACUGUCCGUGUUUCCGCAAUGAGCUCGGUGGAGAGCAGGAACGACAGAUCGCCCUCAACAGAUUCACAGCAAAUAAAACUGUCGCUUCGCUCCACGGAGAGGACAGCUUCAGACAGGUGGGCACCGAUAGACUUACCCUGACGAAAUCAAUCGAUCAUUGUCUUCGAGCUUAUUCGACCUCUACAUCCUCAAUUCCACAGAAAGCCAAAACUCCUGAAUCCAUUGACGCUCAUAAGCCCAUGUCUGCUUGCGGACUUUCCGUUUUGGAGAGCACUGGUGGCGCUGCAAAGUGGAAGUUCAGACCUUGUCCUUAUGAAGUGCCUUCGUCGAUACUCGAGGGCAUAGAUCACGGAGCUGUGUUUUAUAGAACGUUUUUCAAAGGCCAAGAUCAUCAGAACUGGUUGGGAGUGGAUGAGAACCUAGGACCCAUCGCAAUUUCCAUAAAAAAGGAGCGCGUCAGUUCGACUCCUCAGCAAAACCCUGCGCUAGGGGUUCCCGACUUGACACGGCCAGAAGCUCCAAGCAACCAUCAUCAUCAUAUAAGCUAUAGAGUCAUCAUUCGCACCUCGGGAUUGAACGACCUCCGCGGAACGAUACUGGAGGAUUCGAUUCCAAGCCUUUGGUCGACGUCAGGGUCCACAUCGUCGCGCAAGGGCAGAGAAGGAACCACCCUGGCGAAGGAGGUCAUAGAAUUCAUCGCGCCGGAGAUCCAACUAUCCUGUUUGCGACUAGGAACGCCGGCAGCGGAGCCUCAACUAGUGAAGCUCGACGAACAGAAACUGAAUUCGUUGUACAAAGUCGGAAUUAUGUACUGCCGGGCCAAUCAAAGCACCGAAGAGGAAAUGUACAAUAACGAACAUCCCGGUCCAGCAUUGGAGGAAUUCCUCUCGACGAUCGGCCGGAGAAUCUGUCUAAAUAAUUUCGCUGGCUACAAAGGCGGGCUCGACUGUAAAACCGACACGACGGGAACGCAUUCUGUGUAUAAUACCUUCGAGGAUUGUGAAAUUAUGUUCCACGUCAGUACAAUGCUGCCCUACACGCCGGCGAAUCGGCAGCAGAUUCUACGCAAACGACACAUCGGCAACGAUAUCGUGACGAUCGUCUUCCAGGAACCGGGAUCUCUUCCUUUCACACCAAAAAAUAUACGCUCGCGUUUCCAACACGUGUUCAUUGUUGUUCGCGCAAUCGAGCCCUGCACGGAUCGGACUCGAUACUCAGUCGCGAUCAGCCGAUCUCGUGACAUUUCGAUGUUUGGACCACCUCUCCCCGAAGGAGCGACCUUCAACCGGGACAAAAAGUUCUCCAAUUGGCUCCUGGCGAAAAUUAUCAAUGCUGAAAAUUCGACGCAUCGCAGCUACAAGUUCGCGACGAUGGCUCAACGAACUCGUCAGGAAUGCAUUCGAGACCUCGCCACCAAUUGCGUUCUCCAGACGACGCUGCUCGACAACUCGAACGGACGCUUCUCGUUGCUGAAUUCCUUCGGCGGUCGCAGCUCGAAAAAGGAUAAGGUUGGCCAGAACGUGAUGCAGAUGAUCAGUUCAGGCAAUUUUGUCCCCGACCGGUGCGUGCGCGAGGCGCUCAGCUGGCAGGUCCAAGUCGAAGACUUCGGACAGUCCGGCCUAUUGUCGGACGUUCAUCUGGCUAUUUCGGCGGAAAGUAUCGCCAUGAUCGAGAUAGCAACCCACCAGGUUGUUUUCGGUGCGCCAACCUCAACCGUGUUGGGUUUCACAUCUCAGCAAGGAUCUGUUCGUAUAUUCUACCACCAAGGCGAAAGUUUCCUCGUCAGAACGAAAGAGCGCGAAAACCCCGAAUUCGACGAGGUCAGAGAAAUCUGCAGCCGGCUCGAAGACGUUUCUGGCGCGAGAGAAACGCUGCAGCUCAACAUCGACCGGAACGAACAUGGCCAGUUGGGUUUCCAUGUGAACUACGAAGGAAUAGUGCAAGAAGUCGAGAAAAACGGUCCGGCUUUCGCCUCGGGACUCAGACCGGGGGCGCGACUGGUUGAGGCGUGCCACAUCGCCGUUGCCACAUUGACGUACGAUCAGCUUGUCGAAGUUCUCAAGACGUCGACCGUCGUAUCCGUCACUAUCGUGUUACCGUACAGCCAACGUGAAGGACUUCAAUACAACGUGGCCAGACGUGGCUGCGGACAGCAUAAUUGUUCUUACCUCGAGCAAACGCUUGGAGAAUACGAUUCGGCUAGGCUAGCUCUUGCCCAGCGAAGUCCAGACCAAGCAUACCCCGCUCUUCCGAGGUUUCAAUCAACCCCACCACCUCCACCCCCUAUACCUCUGCGUUCGAAUAGCGCCACCUCCAUGGGACCCAGGUCCGACCCAUCGACAUCUUCGGCAUCUCCAAUCGGCUCGUCAGGCCUCAUGAAUCUAACGUCCAACUCCUGCGAACGGAAACCUCUCUCCGGAAUGCUCUCAACUCUGUCGAAUAAUUCUAUACAAAGCAGCGAAAGUCAACUUUUGACGACAGGAUCGAGUCCAGGACUGUUGGGCCCGAUAAGGAUGUCUGCGUCGGCUCAGCAGAUCUGGCCUAACGAGGAAGAAAAACGCGGUCCACUCGAUCGGAGAACCACACUACCCACCGUGAGCUCGCUCUUCAAUUCAGCAGCCGCACCGCAGGUGGCCUGCGGUCAAAACCUGCAGUGUGAAGACGAGCGAUUGAGUCCUUGCAGCAGCGCCGGCGGGGCUUCGAGCGGCGCUUCAUCCCGAGUCGGAGGAUGUGUGAAUAUAGUCACCGUUCAGGCUUCGCCGGCCAAGGUCCAGUCACACUCCCAGCACCAUCACAGUAUAUCGCCUGUAUCUCAGCUGGGCGGAGACUCCUCGGCGAGCAACAGCAACUGCAAUACCCUCGAUAAAGAGUGGAGGUUAGGCGGGCGAGACAGCUUCGAAGUCAAAGAGGAAGAUGUCCUGGACAUCCAGACUAGAAGUCCGCACCUGGGCAGGAUCAGCCAGGCUUCGAGUUGCGCGCCAUCGCUCAUGUCGGCCCAGUCCGGCCAUUCCGGAGUCAGCAGAGGAUCUGGAGGACCUGUCACAAACGAAGACUUCCAAGAUCUGGCCAUGAAGGUGGCGGAAUUGCAGAACCAUUUAGCACAGGAACAAACUCAGAAAGCUACGAUGGAGCGGCGCAUGCGACAACUUGAGGAGGAGAACGAUCAGCUUAAACGAAUCAUCACCCAGGAUUCUCAUAGCCAGCUGAAGAAGCUCACUUCGUGGUUCAAUCCGGGUCAGUCGCAGCCACGAUAGGGGGGCGAACAUUCGGCAGGCAUCGAGAGUCCGUUCAGAGCGCAAGAUUCUACGUCAGCGCAUCGUCUGAGCAAUUUG